GAUUAAUGAAAAUGCACCUGGUCUUCCUAUGGAUCUGGAUGGGAACAAUUUCACUUGGAAUGUUCCAGAUGGGGUUUGCUAAUGUCAUGUUUAGUUCAGUGGCUGAGGUGUUGUUUGAUCAGUUUGAGGAAUUUGGAAAUACUGAGGGGGCUAUUGUUGGAAGCAGAGAUAUGUUUAAUUUGGUCAUGAUAACUGCAGUGCCGGCUGGGGCGGUUUUAGGAUCUCUGAGUGGGGGAUAUCUGGUGGCAUAUGGAAGAAGGAAAGCUAUUUUGGGUAUAAAUGUGGUGUUGUGAUUAGCUACAGGUAUGACAAUGAUAUUUAAUUUUUAUCCAAUAUUAAUAGGAAGAAUUUUUGUCGGCUAUUGAGUCGGAGUGUUAGGAGUUGUUUGUCCUAUGUUUCUCUCAGAAACUUCUUUUGUAAAAGUUUCUGGGCCUGUUGGAGCCAUCAGCCAAGUUAUGAUCACAGCUGGAAUUAUGUUAGCUUAUCUGUUUAGAUUUCUGACUCCAAUAAAUUCUACUGAUGAUGAUAAGGACUUAGAAAGAACAAAUUCUUGGAGAUAUGUGUUCAUGAUACCAGGAAUCGUCGCUUUAGUCCAAUCUUUUCUGCUACUUUUGGUCUUCACAGAUGACACUCCUAAAUAUUAUCGCCAAGUGAGAGACGAACGAAGAGCAAGACGAAUUGAGUCACUCAUCGAUCCAGAUGCAAGCCGAAUCGACUUGAUGGUUGGAGAUUCACAAAGCAUUGUUGAAGAAAAGGUUUCAUUGUGACAACAAUUCAGUCCUAAAUAUAGAUGUGCUUUUUUAAUUGGGUGCUUAUUAGCAAUUUAUCAGCAGCUUACAGGCAUUAAUGUUGUAAUUUUAUACACAAAUCAAAUCAUUUUCUCAUCAUCUAGUACUGAUAUGAAUGAAGAUUCUGAAGACGAGAGAAUAAUCACUUCAGUUGUUGGACUUGUUAAUCUGCUGUCAGCUUUAUUUUCUGUUUUCCUGCAGAAGAAAUUCGGAAGAAAGUUUCUUUUCCUUGUUGGAAAUAUAGGAAUGUGCCUUAGUCUUUUAUCUCUUGCUAUUUAUACUUCUCUUGGGAACAAUGGGAAUGUUUUUGUUAUCACAUUUACUCUCUGAUUUGUAUUGUUCUUUGAGAUCGGAGUUGGUUCAAUCUUUUAUAUUUAUAUUUCAGAAAUAAUGACUGAAGUAGGUAUCUCAGUAGCUAUGACUAUCAUUUGGGCUCUAACUGUUGUCAUUUCUUUGAUCACACAAACAAUGAUCAAAUCAAUUACUCGCCCUGGUACCUACUUCCUCUUCUUCGGCAUCAACACUCUAUUCCUCCUCUUCAUCACCUUCCUCGUCAAAGAAACCAAGGGACUCUCCAAGUCCGAACUUAAGUACCUCUACUCUGAUCACCCAAAAACCUAUGAGCCCUUAGCAGCCUCUAGGAAUUCCAGAAGUUCACAAAAGUCUGGUCUGACCAGGAACUCUAAUUUCAGGAUUACCUAUUCUACCACUUAAUUCAGC